AUGCCAUUGUUUGCAUGUUUCACCGGAACCCCUGCGGCCCAAGAACCAGAGCCGCUCCAGGAAACAGAUAUCUUGGCGCAAGAAUGGAUUGCCACGCCACCUAUGGAUUGCCCUUUUGAGAGACCUGAGGGCAGGCCAAUUUCCUUCAAGGCGCGGGAGCCGGUGUCAGCCCAAGCUAUCGCCACGUCAAGGCGAAAUAAAGGAACCCAAAUGGAGCCCCAGCAUCUUUGUGCUGAGCACGGCGGACUUUUGGGCUGCAACGGCUGCCUGUGCCGGGUUGGGUACGGCAUCAACGGCGGGACGUGCCUACAGUUCCGACCCGCGAUUCAACGGGUCGGCGCCAGCCGCCAUCCUGCGGAUGCGACAGGAGUGCCCCUGCCAGUCGCUCAUGUACCGCAGCGCGGCGCAGGCGGGAUCGCAGUCAGCUCUCGUGACAGCGGCGACGCGGCGCCCUCCCACUCCCUGGAGCAGCGGCCCGCGGAGGACCUGCCCGGGGACUGGCAGAUGCUGUUCGAGGAACACGGACUCAACCAAUUCGCGGCGGUGGCGCUCAUGAAUGCGGAUGCAGAAGUCGUGGGGGUGCUCAGCCUGGCGGCCAAGGGCCCCGUCCGUCCCCCUGGUUGGACCCCCGAGGCGCUCCACUCCGCCGUGGGCCUUAUGUCCCCCCACAUCCGAAGGGCCCAGGCGGUGCUGGCGUCACCCGCGCUGUCGCAGCUGCAUGCGGCGGCCACAUUCAGCGACCUGGUCAACGCGGCGGCGGAGGCGGCGGUGGAUGUGGCGGCGGCGGUGGCGUACGUGCGGGGACAGAGCAGGGUGGCGUUCAUAGGGGAGGAGCUGGGCGCCGCGGCCAUCUUCCAGCAGGACAAGCAGGAGGGUGACGCUGCUGCGGCUCAGCUCCCGCUGCUCAAGGCCCGGCGCAGCAGCUGCGAGUUCGUGACGCUGCGGUGCGGCGGCGGCAGUGCGGUGCGCAAGUCGGUGGCCUCGUUGGCUGCCUACUCGCGGUUGAGCAUGGACGUGGCCAGCGGGGUUGCGGACCGCACCUUCACCGCCACGACAGGCACUGAGAGAACCAUGACUGCUGCGACAGAUCAACUGAAGCGCGAGUCCUGGACACCCCAGCAGACAGUCGUGACGUUGCCUUCCUUCACCUUCCCCUCGUCGAAGAGCGCCUGCAAGGGCCACACCCUGACCCUGGGCAAGACCUUGCUCAGUGAGGCCCUGUCCAAGCAGGUGGCUGGUCUGUGUAUUGACGACUGCCAGACGUACACGGUGAGCAUGAAGGCCUACCCUCGCGACCUGGUCCUCUCCCGGGGCGCAGUCAUGCCCCUGUCCCUGGCCCUGGCCACCAUCAGCGGGGAGAGCAGACCCAGAAUGGCGCUGUACGUCACGUACGGCACCAGCCUACCCAGACCACUGCUUCAGGCGGUAGUGCAGGAGCUGCAACAGCUGCUGCAGGACGCCGUUCAUCGCAAGGGCAAGCUCCCCUCCGUACCUGCUCCCCGGAUCUCGGGUGAGCAGCUGUCGGAUCCGUGCGAGGAGCCCCAGAGCUUUCCCCCCAACGAGGGCCGCAUGCUGUCCUUCCUUCUGGGGGCGGGUGCGGGCAGCAACGUCCCGCGGGGGGAGCCGGCAGCGGCGGCGGCAGGGGAGGCAGCCAACGCGACGCCCGCCUUUGGACGCAUCUCCCUGCCGCAGCGCGCCCCAUCGGCACCCCAGGGCCCCGAGGCAGCCGCAGCGGCAGCAGCCUUGAUGGCGGGGGGAGCAACCGUGCCCUCCCACGUUCACGCGCUAGGCUUGGCCCCUGGCCACAGCGGCAGCCAGAUCGGCGGCGUCGCGCUGCAAAGUGGCGAGAUUUCCGUACAGUCGCCGCCGGUGCUGUCGCCGGCGACGCCGCCGGUAGGCGGCGCCGCUCCGCGCAGCCCACAUGCUCGUGGCGCCGGUGCCGGCGGCGGCGCUGCCGUAUCCGCAUUCGCCGCCGCCGCUACUGCUGCUGAUGCCGCUGCGAUAGAAGGCGAAGCUCUGGAGGGCGAUCUUGACAUGGAGUUUGCGGGUCGGCGGGUCGGCGGUGGGGUCGGCGGCUCGGGGUCCCUCUUACAGGAGGCCCAGUGCUACCAGGUGCGGUCUCAGUCGGCAUGUGACGCUGUCGGUGCGAGUGCGGAGGUGCACGGCAAGCUGCGGGCGCGUGUGGGAGUGCGCAGCGUGUCUUUCCGGCUGGAGGCGGCUCACACACCCCGAGGCGCCUCCAAACUCGCCCCCAUCAUCGCCUCCAUGCACGACCGGCUGCGGGCGGCUCAGGCGGUGCAGAUGACGUUUGUUAGGUCGGAGGCGCACAAGACCGACCUGAAGAGUCUAAAGCUGCUUCAGGAGAUCGGACAGGGAGGGUACGGCACGGUGUACAGGGGCACUUUCCACGGCACCGAGGUCGCCGUGAAGAUCAUCAAGCAGUCCCGACUGGCCGGCGUACAGAGCUCCUCCAACCUGCUCGCAUCGAGCCACGGACUGGGGCUGCACAAACAAAACCUACACGACGCAAUUGAGCUCGUGGCGUCAGUGUCAAUGAGCCACAUCAACAUUGUGCAGGUCCCCGCAUACUUCAUGGAUGUCAGGUUGGAGAAGCCGGAGGACUUCAACCCGCUUGAUUCUGUGGAUCAGCCCACUGACUCGCGGCCCUUCCGGCUGGUGCACUCGCCCUCGCUGCUGGAGUCACCCGCACCCGGGCAGGAGGCGCACGGGAACGUGGCCAUGGCGCUGGUGCUUGAGUACUGCGACUGCGGCAGCUUGUGCGAUGCGAUCUUGAACCGCAAAUUCAUUGAGAGGGUCACACCAAAGAGGCCCCCUCCUCAGUCCGGAGCCUCCGCCUCCUCCUCCCCCGCCUCCUCCGCCCCCGCCAAGACCUACCUGGCUAUCAACAUGCGGUCCGUGUACCUGACCCUCCUCGAGAUCGCUCUGGCCCUGCGCCACAUGCACUCACUGGCGCUGGUGCACUGCGACCUCAAGCCCCAGAACGUGCUGCUCAAGAGCUCGCCGAGGGACCCGAGGGGGUUCACUGCCAAGCUGUCGGACUUCGGGCUGGCCAAGAUGAUGGCGCACGACGACGAGGGGCAGCUGGUCAUUGACGAGGCGGUGGCAAGCGGGACCAUCACCCACGUGGCCCCCGAGGUGUUGCUGGGUCAGAAGGCCCUGGGAGCUGCUGUGGAUAUCUACGCCUUUGGCGUCCUUAUGUACCAGGUACUAUGCGGCAUGAAGGUGUACGACAAGACCAUGUCGGCGUCAGCCAUUGCCAACGCCGUGGCGCACCGUAUGAUGCGGCCGCAGCUGCCCGCCUGGGUGCCCUUCAACUACAGGUCCCUUGCUCAGGCCUGCUGGCACCACCUCCCUUCCUCGCGACCCACCGCCGACGAGCUCGUGCGGCACCUGGAGCGAGCACUGGAGGCCAAGCGGGCGAGCAGCAGCUACUCAUCCCACACAGGAACAGGCACCGGCACCGCAGCCGCCACAGCCGGCGCCUCAGCAGCAGGCAGCGCCGGCCGCUCCCCGCAGCCCAGGCCGCAAGCCCCCGUCCCCACAACCGCAGCUUCAGGCUCAGCCGUGGACCAGGAUAGGUCAGAAAUCCUACAGGAUGGCAAGCAAGGAGUUUCCGGAACGUUGAUGGUCCUUCUGGCGUCCAUUAUGAAAGAACUUGUCGCGGCAGGGCGUUCCCCGGGGCAGCGAGGCCUUUAUCAGGUUGGUCCACCUGCUGUCUACUACGGAAGGUGGAUGGUGGUCAGCACUUUCGGAAGGAUGCCAAGCGAUUUGCGAGUGCCUAGGCGCAGCUCAUGCUUGCCUAAAGCAGACGGUGCGCACGUGUGUACCAGUACAAACACCCCCCUGGACGUGCGCCCCAGGCCUCCGGGGCUGGAGUGGCCGUGCGGCAUCUUUGUGCUGAGCACGGCGGACUUUUGGGCUGCAACGGCUGCCUGUGCCGGGUUGGGUACGGCAUCAACGGCGGGACGUGCCUACAGUUCCGACCCGCGAUUCAACGGGUCGGCGCCGGCCGCCAUCCUGCGGAUGCGACAGGAGUGCCCCUGCCAGUCGCUCAUGUAUCGCAGCGCGGUGGGCCUCAUGCCCUCUGGGGCCGCACCUGCAGCCGCACCACCAGGAGCCAUAGCCAUAGCAGCUACUGCCAGCACACCCACCACUGCUACAGCUUCCGCUGCUACGCUGCCCCCCGGCGCCGCCUCAGGCGCAGACGGGAUCGCAGUCAGCUCUCGUGACAGCGGCGACACGGCGCCCUCCCACUCCCUGGAGCAGCGGCCCGCGGAGGACCUGCCCGGGGACUGGCAGAUGCUGUUCGAGGAACACGGACUCAACCAAUUCGCGGCGGUGCUGUGGACGACGGAGGCGGGCGAGCCUGUGGGGGUGCUCAGCCUGGCAGCGCAAGGCCCCGUCCGUCCCCCUGGUUGGACCCCCGAGGCGCUCCACUCCGCCGUGGGCCUUAUGUCCCCCCACAUCCGAAGGGCCCAGGCGGUGCUGGCGUCACCCGCGCUGUCGCAGCUGCAUGCGGCGGCCACAUUCAGCGACCUGGUCAACGCGGUGGCGGAGGCGGCGGUGGACGUGGCGGCGGCGGUGGCGUACGUGCGGGGACAGAGCAGGGUGGCGUUCAUAGGGGAGAACAUGGCCGUUGCCGCCAUCUUCCAGCAGCAGCGGCCGCAGCCCUCCGAGGGAGAUCCGCUCGCCUCCGUCCCGCUGCUCAAAGUGCGGCGCAGCAGCUGCGACUUCGUGAUGAUGCCCUCCGCGCUGCGCAAGUCCGCCACCACCACCACCUUUGCGCGCAUCUCCAUGGACGGACUCACCACGGGGCCGGGGGAGGCCGAGCGAGGGGGCACCAUUGCAGAUAGCUUGAAGCGGGAGUCCUGGAACCAGCGGCAUGGCAGCACCACCACCACCACCACCGCCACCAACGCCAACGCCCACGCUUCCAACUGCAAUGCCUCCUUCACAUUAUCGUUUCCAAAGGGCCCUCCCUGCAAGGGGCACACCCUGCUGCUGCAUCGCACCCUCCUGGAUGAGGCCCUGUCCAAGCAGGUGGCUGGUCUGUGUAUUGACGACUGCCAGACGUACACGGUGAGCAUGAAGGCCUACCCUCGCGACCUGGUCCUCUCCCGGGGCGCAGUCAUGCCCCUGUCCCUGGCCCUGGCCACCAUCAGCGGGGAGAGCAGACCCAGAAUGGCGCUGUACGUCACGUACGGCACCAGCCUACCCAGACCACUGCUUCAGGCGGUAGUGCAGGAGCUGCAACAGCUGCUGCAGGCCAUCCUGCCCGUGAUAACCUCCAAGUUCAAUGGCAUUGUACGACCGGAGUACCACUACCUGGUUUCCCAGUUGCAGGACGCUACACAGCGACGAGGCAAACCCUCCGCUGCCCAGGCCUCCGCCACCGCCACUACACCCUCCGGUGACCCCCUCGACGAGCCGUACGACGGCGGAGGUCCCGAGGAGCAGCGCGCCUUGUCGUUCAUUCUGCCAGGUGACGCUGUGCCGCCGGCGCUGCCGUCCCUGACACCCAGCUUCAGAGCAGGCGGCGGCGGUGGCGGUGGCGGUGGCGGGGACCGGGCCUCACCGUCCUGUGCCCCGCCUACGCCAACGGCUGCAGCGCAGGCCCAGCCGCCGCGUCCCAGUGGCGGCCAAGCGCACGUCGUACGACCGCCGUCGGGACCGUCGUCGCCGCCGGCACCGUUGGCGCUGCUCACCUUGGCGCACUUCACCGGCGGCGGCAGCCAGAGACCAACGUUGCCAUCCAACGGGGCGGCGACGGAGGGCGACACGGUUGCGGCGGCGGCGGCGGCAGGCGCAGCGGCUGCUGGUGCGGCAGCCACUCGGGAGCCGCUCGAGGGUGAUAUUGACCUGGACUAUCCGGCGCGGCGCGGCUCCGCGGCGCAUCUUAGCCGGUUGGCCUUGGCAGCAGGCUUGACAGCUGAGAGCAGCGGCCGGUCCCAGUCGGCGUCGGAGAGCGAUGCGGCCCAAACCCGGCGACUGCUUCCUGGUCUGGCCACACGCAGUGUUUCCUUCCACUUGGAGGCGGCCCAGGUGCCGCGAGGCGCCUCCAAACUCGCCCCCAUCAUCGCCUCCAUGCACGACCGGCUGCGAGCGGCUCAGGCGGUGCAGAUGACCAUAUCGGGGCGCUCAGAGGCUCGGCAGCAGGAUCUGCGGAGCAUCAAGUUGCUGCAGGAGAUUGGACAGGGAGGGUACGGCACAGUGUACAGGGGCACUUUCCACGGCACCGAGGUCGCCGUGAAGAUCAUCAAGCAGUCCCGACUGGCCGGCGUACAGAGCUCCUCCAACCUGCUCGCAUCAAGCCACGGACUGGGGCUGCACAAACAAAACCUGCACGACGCAAUUGAGCUCGUGGCGUCAGUGUCGAUGAGCCACAUCAACAUUGUGCAGGUUCCCGCCUACUUUAUGGAUGUCAGGCUUGAGAAGCCUGACGACAUGUCUCGUGACUCUGUGGACGCCCCGUCCGAGUCCCGACCCUUCCGAUUGCGCCACUCGCCCUCCCUCAUGGAAUCUCCCAAGGCAGGACAGGAACUGUACGGCGAGGGAGCCAUGGCGCUCGUGCUCGAGUAUUGCGACUGCGGCAGCUUGUGCGAUGCGAUCUUGAACCGCAAAUUCAUUGAGAGGGUCACACCAAAGAAGCCGCCGCAAACGGGCGGUGUUGCAGGAGGAAGUGGAGCCACUCCUCAGUCCGGCCCCUCCACCUCCUCCGCUUUCUCCUCCUCCCCCUCCUCCUCCUCCCCCGCCUCCUCCGCACCCGCCAAGACCUACCUGGCUAUCAACAUGCGGUCCGUGUACCUGACCCUCCUCGAGAUCGCUCUGGCCCUGCGCCACAUGCACUCACUGGCGCUGGUGCACUGCGACCUCAAGCCCCAGAACGUGCUGCUCAAGAGCUCGCCGAGGGACCCGAGGGGCUUCACGGCCAAGCUGUCGGACUUCGGGCUGGCCAAGAUGAUGGCGCACGACGACGAGGGGCAGCUGGUCAUUGACGAGGCGGUGGCAAGCGGAACCAUCACCCACGUGGCCCCCGAGGUGUUGCUGGGUCAAAGGUCACUUGGUGCGGCGGUGGACAUCUACGCCUUCGGCAUCCUCAUGUACCAGCUACUGUGCGGCGUCAAAGUGUACGACAAGGUGAAGUCUGCAUCCGUCAUCGCAAAUGCCGUGGCCCACCGCUUCAUGCGACCCAAGAUGCCCUCCUGGGUGCCGUACAGCUACAGGUCACUGGCGGAGGCGUGUUGGGCCCAUGAGCCGUCCGCAAGGCCCACUGCGGAUGAACUCGUACGGCACCUGGAGCAGGCUAUUGAGUCCAAGCGCUCUGGCGGCAGCAAAAGCAAGAUGGCCCCGCAGCAGCAGCAGCAACCCCAACCCCAACAACCCCAACAACAGCUGCAUUCGAAGUCGUAG